AUGCUGCCCAUGGGCCAUAUUUACAUCCUCUACAUUUUUUGCGGGCCCCCUGAAAUCCUUUGCUGGGCCACAAUCAGUGCGUGGGCUAAUUCCUUGGAGCUCCAGGUUUGUCUGGUCCUUUUAGAAUCAGGGGUUCACCUGGAUCCCAAGGGGUCAAAGGACCCCAAGGUGAACAGGGACCCAAGGGAGAAGAUGGAGCCAAAGGAAGAGAAAGGAGAAUCAGAAGACAAGGACUUCCUGGAAAUCCUCGAGCAGGACCCAAGAUUCUCCAAAAGUCACCUGUCUUCAGGUUCCCCAAACUCUGAAGUCUCUUUUGUGCCUCCUGGAAGCCCUGGUCCUGCAGGCAUCAGAGGGCCAAGAGGCCCACCUGGGCCAAAAGGAGAUAGACAAUCACCUGGGGAGGAAGGAGAAAGUUUCCUGGAAGAAAUCAACAAGUUGAAGCAAGAAGUGGCUGAAUUGUGCACAAAAAUUGAGGACCUCCAGAAAAGCUUCUCCAAGCAACAGAAAGCUGAACUCUUCCCAAGAGGUCAAGCACUUGGCAAUAAGAUAUACAAGACCAGUGGUUUUGAAGGCAACUUUGAUAAGGCAAAGAAAUCAUGCAAAGCAGCUGGUGGUAUAGUGGCCUCCCCCAGAAAUGAGUCAGAGAAUAAAGCUGUACAGAAGAUUGUCUUAGAAUACAACAAGGCUCCCUUUCUUGGCAUGACUGACAUCCAGACAGAGGGCAAAUUCAUCUAUCCAAAAGGAGACCCCCUGGACUAUUCCAGCUGGGACCUAGGAGAGUCCAAUAACAAGGGUGGUGGAGAGAAGUGCAUUGAGAUCUUUUCUGAUGGCAAAUGGAACGACAAGCUGCGUGAGGCACAGCUGAUCGUUUGUGAAUUUGGAGACUUGGUAGUUUGAGGGGGUGUAGUUUGUGUGGUGCGAGCUAAGGAGAGGACAUGUUGCUGCUGGUUACAGGUGGGAAGGGGGAA